AGUUACCAGUUUGUUCUCCAUCCCAUGUACCAGUAUGUUCUCCGUCCCAGUUACCAGUUUGUUCUCCAUCCCAUUUACCAGUAUGUUCUCCGUCCCAGUUACCAGUUUGUUCUCCAUCCCAUUUACCAGUAUGUUAUGCGUCCUAUCUUCCUCUUUAUAUUGAGACCUAUUUUCUUAGGAAUCAAUAGGGUUUUGAGAGGGAUCUCGUGGUUGUAUGGGUUUAGGUACACACUAAUGGUGCAAGGUCUACUUUGUUACUGGAGAGCGUUUCUAUACUUUGAGAGAUCAAGUUUGUGGGAAAAGUUAGUAGCGAAACAUGAGAAAAAUCAUGAAAAAUCUUAUUUAAUCCCACUUUUUUGGACUAUGAAUGGGAUUUUCCUUAUCUUUAUCAUCCUUCUGGUUUUGGCUGCAACUCUUGCGGGAGAAGACAAUAUUAGGAGAGUUUUUAAUAUUCAAGGACAGAUUGGGGUUAACUUUUACUGUCUAGGUAAGAGUACUGGGGAAAUAUCAAUGUUAAGGUUAAUGGUUUAUAUUGGUGACCAUGUUGCAGAUAAAUCGGUAGCUGAAAUGAAUAUUGCUUCAUGCUUUGUGUGUGCUUAUCUCAGCGUUGUUAGUCUUAUUAAACUUUGCCAUGUGGGGAAUGAUUUAGGGUUCGCAGAUGGGAUAGCUUGUGUAACCUUGCCUAUUUUCACUCACUAUUGUAAAUCCGCCAAACUUAGAGUAGGUGGGAUCUUCAUAUGUUGGUUUUUGAUAUUGGGAAAGAACAUUUUGUUCACCGGUUGCUGGAGGUGCUGGUGGUCUUCAUGGCCGUGGCGGAGAUGGAGCUCGACGCAGAGGCAGUAGGAGGGACUUAGCUUUCCCAAUCGAUCCUCAGGCCGAUGUUUUCCACUCAGCCAGGAGUUCCACUUCGGCAAGGAGCGUAUAGUUUUAAGCCGCCGGUUUAGUCUCCCAAUACGUGUUGAGAGUUGAGACUUGAGGGUUUACGGUUUAAGUAAUGUUUCACGUAUUUUGAUUUUGUGUUAAUUUGUUUAAUAAGGAUAUUAUAAUCAUGUCUGUUACUUUUGGGCUUGUUAAUUUUACGAUAAUUUUCUUAACCGUUGUUGCUUUUGUUGUA